ACUAGAACAUUUCUAGACACAGUUAAAUACCCGAGCUCGCUCACAGUCACAGUCACAGUCACAGUCACACUCAACGCACAUAUCCAAAGUACUCCGUUUUUUUAUGUGUUUAUCUCUCCGGCGACUCUCUCCGCCGGAAAAAACCUCAGGUGAUCAAUCCGGCGAAGAUUGAAUUAGAAAGGAUUUUACAGUUGUCUUGGUUUGUGGGAUUUUUUUAUGCCCCAAAACGACGUAGUAAAGUGUGGAGUAUUUUUUGGAGACUACAAAGACGGAAGUGAACGGUGAUUCUUACUGUGGCUAAGAUUUCUGAAAAUGGUAAUCAUGUGAAGAUUUUAUGCUUUGAGAUUUUGAGUUAUUACUUAGCUUAUUUGGAAAGAUUCUUGGUGAAGUUUAUGAGCAAUCUCAUGAUUAUAAAACGAAGCAAGGGGCUGGCAAUAUUCAACACCAACUCCUGCCAUUAUCUUCUAUAUUGCUGGGUUAGGUGAGUAUCUCGUGGAAAUUCUAGGGUCUCUCAGUACGUCUAAGUUUUGGAUAAAUCAAGCGAUGAUGUCUUUUCAGCACAAAGGCUUUUGGAUGCCCAGUAAUGCUGGGUGUCUAACGAAUGGAGAGAUGGGUUAUGAUAAUUCAUCUAGAAUUGAACAGAAGCGUGGUCAUCAGUGGUUUAUGGAUGCCACCGGACCGGAUCUAUUCCAAAACAAGAAGCAAGCAGUAGAUGCUGUAAAUGGAAGACCAGAGUCUGGAGGUCCACAUAUGGCUGUUUUUCCAUGGGAUAACGCUUCUGGCUUCCAGUCUGUUACAGGGCAAUUCAAUGACCGCCUCUUUGGAUCUGAGCCUUUACGGACUAUCAAUCUGGUUGAUAGGAAUAUUUCUUCUGUUGAUAGUGGAAACAUGGAUAUAGGAAUAAAAGGUUUUGAGAAUCAGUAUGGAAAAGAUCCUUCAGUGGGUUUAUCUAUGUCACAUACCAUUGAAGAUCCCUCAUCGUGUAUGGGCUUUGGUGGAAUUAGAAAAGUUAGAGUCAAUGAAGUUAGGGACUCUGACAAUUGCAUCUCUGAAUCCAUGGGACACUCCUACAGUAGGGCUGAUAAUGGUUCAAUUUCUAUGGGUGACACCUAUAAUAAGAACGAUGAAAAUGCCAUAUCGUUGGGCCCGAAGUACAAUACUGGGGAUGAGAAUACCAUCUCAAUGGGCCCCACCUUCAGUAAGGUAGAUAACAAUUUCAUUUCAAUUGGCUUCAAUAAGGGAAAUAGCAGUUUCAUAACAAUGGGUCACAACUAUAGCAAGACAGAUGAUGGUAUAUUAUCGAUGGGUCAGCCCUUCGACAAGGGGGAUGGCAAUUUUAUAUCCAUGGGUCAGUCAUAUGAAAAAGGAGAUAGCAGUGUCAUAUCAUUGGGUACCUCCUAUAACAAGGGGCAUGAGAAUUUUAUUACAAUGGCCCCAACAUAUAGUAAGGCAAAUGAGAGUUUUAUGUCAAUUUCUCCUUCUUAUGAUAAGAGAAAUGAUCAUAUCAUAUCGAUGGGUCCAACCUAUGACAAGGCUGAUGCCAACAUUGUAUCAAUGGGUCCUUCCUAUGACAAAGGAGAUUCCAGCGCUUUAUCUAUGGGUCACAACUAUAACAAAGGUGAGGGCAAUACCAUAUCUUUUGGAGGUCUUCGUGAUGAGACAAACCCCUCUGGUGGGAUCAUCAGUACUUAUGAUUUAUUGAUGAGUACUCAGAACCCAGCUCAAGCUUCUCAUAACCCAGAUCAAGCUUCCCAGAACCAAGCUCAAGCUUCUCAGAACCCAGCUCAAGCUUCUGAAGUAUCAGGCCAGAAGGAUCCGGUCGAGUCCAAUGCUGAUCCAGUUGUAAAUGAAGCUCCAAAAGCUAAUUCUAAACCCGAUGCCAACUGCAGGAAUAAGGAGCCAAAGACAGCCAAGAAGGUUCCUCCUAACAACUUCCCUUCAAAUGUCAAAAGUUUGUUAUCAACUGGUAUGUUUGAUGGAGUCCCUGUGAAGUAUGUUUCCUGGUCACGUGAGAAAAAUCUUAAAGGAGUUAUAAAGGGAACUGGGUAUUUGUGUUCCUGUGACGACUGUGACAAAUCCAAGGCUCUUAAUGCUUAUGAGUUUGAGCGUCAUGCUAAUUGCAAGACCAAACACCCAAAUAAUCACAUUUACUUUGAGAAUGGAAAGACCAUCUAUGCUGUUGUUCAAGAGCUGAAGAACACCCCUCAGGAGAUGCUGUUUGAUGCAAUUCAAAAUGUGACAGGUUCGCCAAUAAAUCAGAAGAAUUUCCGGAUCUGGAAAGCAUCAUAUCAAGCUGCCACCCGUGAACUUCAGCGCAUCUAUGGAAAGGAUGAAGUUACCUUGCCAUCUUGAGAUGGAAACCGUUCCUUUCUAACGAUUUUGAGGAUGGUGAAUGUGUGAUCUGUGCAUAGCAGCAUACAACCUACAGAAAGUAUAGACUCAAUUUGGGAUUUAAUAGUUUUGGCUUAUGGAUGUUUAAAUAUUUUGGGUUUUAUACAUUUCCUAAAAUAAGGUCUUAAUUUAAUAUUGAAUUUUGGACGUGGAUUAUCUGUUAAAUCUGGAUUUAGCAUUUUCUUAUUUGUGUGAUUGGAGCACUAGAGGUGCCUUUUUAC